GAUUAUUUCGGGCUUUUUAUAGAUUUUCAUAUUUCCAAAUUUAUUUGGCUUCCUUUUCUCUCUCUCUCUCUUUUCUUCUUUUCAAUAAUACCAUGUUGCACGAGGACGACGAUCCUCUUGGGAGUUCCAUGUUUGAUAACACUACAAGCUCUCUCUUGGGCAACACUAUGACAACCUCUUUAUUCUCUUCACAGUUUGAAGAAGACCCUUGGGGUAGUCAUAGUACGCCUAUUAUACAGUCUACAACUACGGAGUUUGCUCGAUCCUUUACAGCACCUAACCUCUAUAGUAAUACCACCUCUGACGCUGACCAUCAUGCUAUCAUGAAUACGAGUCAGUUUAAUCCUAAUACUGUGUUGGCUGGUGUUCGAUUGCCUGAAUUGUACGAGAAAUUAUUUAUUCAGCAUCAGCGUUCUGGAAGAGUAUCUUUAUCUACGCUGAAUGGUAUCCUAUCCAGGGGGAAGAUCUCAGCAAAUCAUAUUGAGAAGAUUAUGCAAAUUGUCGUACCAAGCGGCGCGUCUUAUGUAACUCAGUCUGAAUUUAAUACAGCUAUUGCUUUACUCGCUUGCGCUCAAAGUAAAAUGGACGUUUCAUUAGAGAGUCUGCAUAGGAAUAGAGACUUCUUGCCAGAGCCUAGUAUAUAUCAAGAACACAAAGAAAUUAAAUCACCUUUGAAACCUGUGGAUGAAAAUCCAAUUACCUCAGAACCAACCAUGAAAUCAAACCACCAACCUCAACUGUCUCCUAUGAAACACACAACAGCAUAUCCAGGGAUGAAAUCACCCAAAGAAUCUUCACAAGAUAAACAGAAUGAAGAGACUACAAAUAACAACCGUCGCCCAUCCUCUUUGGAUACUCGACAUUGGUUCAAAAAUAUCGAAGAGAUUACUGUCACAGUAGCACCUGAGCGAGAAGGGUUUAUAUUUAAACAUGUCAACUAUAUUGUAACCAAUGAGAAAAGAUCAUCUAUUGUCUUGAGAAGAUACAGCGAUUUCUGGUGGUUAUUGGAAGUUUUGCUUAGACGUUAUCCCUUUCGUGCCUUACCCAAUUUGCCACCUAAAAAACUUGGAGGAAGAGAUACUGCUUUCAUUGAAAAGAGACGUAAAGGUCUAUCAAGAUUUAUUAAUGCAAUUAUUCGCCAUCCUGUACUACGCCAUGAUGAGGUUGUCGCGCGAUUUCUAACUGAGCCAUCGGAACUGUCUGCUUGGAGAAAGCAGAAUCCUCCCAGUCUAGAGGAAGAAUUUAAGCGAAAACAACAUCCUAUUCGAGAACUAGAUUCCAUGACACCCACGAAUCUGGAAGAGCAACUUCAAAAGGCUCGUAAACGAGUGACUGCCGGUAUCAACCAUUAUGUCAAUUUGUGUCUGAUCAUGGAACGUAUGAUUCGUCGUAUGCAUGGUCAAGCAACUGAUUUCUCUCGUUAUUCUAUUGCACUCAAUUCACUGGCCGAGGCAGAGUUACGAUAUCAUGCUGGUGAAUGCAGAAAUUGCCAAUAUGUAGUGAAGGGAUAUGAGACAGUAGCAAAACAUAUGCAAACGGAAAGUAGUUUAUUGGAGGAUCAAGUCGGAAAUGCAACUGACGGCGUAUUGGAAAACUUGAAGCGAUUUAGAGAUUUGCUGGUGUCUUUUAGGGAUUUGGAUGAACGAAGAGCAAGAUUGUCUGUCAACCAGACAGACGUUAUUUCAAAGCGAAUUCAAGCAAAUCGAAGCAAAAUACAUCAAAAUAAAGGUGUGCCAGGUUUAGAAGCAGAAGUCCAAAAAUUAGAAGAAUCUGUUCGAGCUGACGAGAAGGAAUUAAGUCUUCAACAAGACCGAGAAGUGUUUAUACAGUUUUGUUUAUGGUCUGAAUUGAUCUAUCUUCACAAACAACAGGCUUUUGUUUCUUCUUUAUAUCAGAACUUUACUCAAAGUACUAUUCAUUUCUCUAAAUUGAGGGCUGACAAUUGGCAAGAUCUUGAAGAGCCUGCUUUUAAUAUGCCUUCCGACGUCGCUUCCUUUGAAUGAUUGUGCAAGUAUCUUUACCUAUCUUAUUUGACUUUUUUUUUCUUUCUAGCUUUUUAUUCUGUAUAUACAUUCUAUCUUUAUGUAACAAUAAAAAAAGUCCUUAUUUAAUACCUUGA